UCUUGACAACAAUGGACUCUGACUCCGAGAGUCAAGACAGCGACGAUGGGCGACGAUUUCGUUUUGAAGCCACCCGCAAAGAUAACGUCCGACCAGAACCGAAACAUGGAAAACAUUCGAGAUCGAAAUCAGAUUAUAAAUCCGACUAUGAUGGUGUAGAAUAUAGAGAUAGAAAAGAAAGAUCGAAGCACGACAGCAGUAGAAGAGAACGUAGAUCUUCGAAAGAGCAAGACACAGACGAUAGGGACCUUAGACAUGCUUCGAAAUGUUCAAAGCAUGAAUCAAAAAGUUCCAAACGCGAAUGUAACAAAGACGGAAAGGAUUAUAAGAGUGCAAGAGACACUAGCAUAGAUUCUAAGACCUCUGCUUUGUCUUCGAAGCAUAAAGUAAGAGACACGAAACAGCACGGAAAUCGGGAUCGUAGUGAGCAUCGUAAACAUCGGUCUCGAGAUCGAUCUCGCAGUAGAAACGACGACGAUAGAUCACAAAACGAUAAAUACAGAAACAAACCUCACGAGAAAUAUAAACAGCGUUCUCGCGACAGAAGUCGCGAAAGAAGCUAUCAAUCGCAUAGACAGAGAUCCUCGGAUCAUGGUAGAUCUCGGACGGAAUUUGAGAGACACAAUUCUCAUAAAAGAGCUUCAACGAAAGAUGCCGAUCAACGAUUGCAGGAGCUCUCUCCACCGAGGAACGCGGAACAAAAACGUAGCGAUAAUGAAUUAUUACCGACAAGGGAUUUGUCGGCUGAAAGUCAAGGAUACAAAGAAUUGGAUUUGUCCGAAUUCGACGUUCUGUCCGAGACAGAUGAAAAUUUAUCCGACAGUUCAGAUGUAAAGAAUAGGUGUUCACCGUCACGGUACCAUAAAACUAAGACGAAAAAACGACAUUCAAACGACGAGCAUGAGAACACGAGGAAAAAACAAGCGACGGAAACUGAACAGUCGGACAGCUCGCCUAAGGUAAAUGCAAGGAAGGACGAUACGUCGUAUGGUUCCAGUAAUAAUAAUCCUGGUGCCAUUUCAGAUUCCGCGUUUGGUGUCGCAUCGCCUAUAUUAACGGAAUCGAUCGUGGAUGAUUGCACAAGUAAUGUUGAAAAACGUUCCGAACCCGACGCAACAGACAAGACAAUAGAUUUACAUAGUAGAGAAGAAACGUUGUUGAGUUCCGGUGAUACAACUUCCUUGCGCCUUAGUAAUUGCGAUUCUUCGAAGCCCCGAAAAGUCUCUUCCUCCGACGAAGAGACGACUUACGGGCCAGUUUUACCGUCACAGUCGACACCUGACGUUUCCGAUAAUACGAAGUCGGCGAAAAGUACGAAUUUCAUAGGACCCUGUUUACCAGAAUAUUAUGCACGAACGGAAAGUGAAAGCAUCGAGGACGAUGCUACGGGUCGGAAUGAUGAAAAUGAUUCCGACGUAGAUAGAGAUAUGAUUUUCGGUCCAGCAUUACCGCCCCAUUUGGCAGACCAAAAGCAUAGUAAUGGAACAGACGUGAAAAUGAUAGGUCCCACUGUUCCGAGUGCGAUUAAAUUAUCCGAUAACGAGCCAAUAGAGCAAGAAGAUUCCGAAAAUGAAGAUACGGUAGGCCCAUUGCCAGUCGAUCAUCCAGCAUUGAGAAGUAGUUAUGUGCACAGACAAUUGGAGCAUAGAGCAGAGCAAAUUAAAAGUGAACAAAAGAACGAGGGCGAUAGUACUUUGAAUCGACGGGAAGAAUGGAUGACGGAAUUACCAUCAGCACAGAUAAGUAAUUUAGAUCUGGGACCACGUAAGUUUCGUGUUAGGUCAGGCCCAGACAUGUCCGAUAGAUCAUGCUGGACCGACACUCCAGCAAAGAAAGCUGAAAAACAGAAACAAAAGGAAGAAGAAGAGUUAUAUAGAUGUAAAAAUUCAGUUACCGAGUCACCUGAAAAGAAUUACGAGGCUGAGGACGAGAAAAGUACGAGGCGCGAGAAAUCGCUUUUAGAAAUGCACCAGAGCAAACUUCAAAAGAAAAAGAAGAAAGCAGAAAAGAAAGCAAAGCUAACUGGGCAGACACUUAGAAGACCAUUCGACAGGGACAUAGACUUACAAAUUAAUAGAUUCGAUCAGGCUCAAAAAAGUGCUAUCAUAAAUAAAGCACAGUAUCUUGACGAAAGGUUCUCUCAUGGAAAGAUCUAAUAAUAUUAUAGUAAAUUAAUGCGAUGUUAAAGAAAUUUUAAGUUUACGGAACACAUGCGUUUCUAACCUGGCUCACUGUAAGCGAUAUCGCUAAUGAGUGCCUUGAACUAUAUAAAUAUUAAUUGAUUUUCAUUCACGAUGGGAUCGAGUUCCUCGUUUAUUCUUUUUUGUUUUUUGUUUUUUAAAUGUUAACAUUUCCCAACUUGUACACUGCUUUGUUUCUUCAAUUGUUCAUUAUUAAUUAAU